AUGUACGAAGGGAUUGACAACCUGAAAUCCCUUUACGAUCGUGCCGGGAAGACUUUCUCCGGCGGUCCUUCUGCGGCACAGGAUGUGCCGCAUCGUACUGCUCAACCAGACCCAGUACGUCAAUCAUCAGCUGGGAGCGGGGCUCCCAAGUAUCCCAGGACGGGGUAUAGCCGCGCCACCGGACGAGAUAACUCGUCCGACGUCCGUUCACGUCGCGGUGGUUCAACAGCUGCUCAACCAGAUAGCGCUGGCCACCACGAGAGUCCUCCAGAGGAGGUGGAGGAGGAGGGAAAACGCUCUAUAAACUAUCGUGAGGAAGCGUGUGUCCCCGAGAGCCUUUUUGAUCGCGCAACACAAAAGCUACGCAACUAUCUCGAACAUGAGCGGGACAGGCGUCUCCAAAUGGCGGACACUAUCUCGAAGCAUCGAGCGAGUUUGCCUUUGCUCAGCUUGAGAACGAGAGAGCUCUGA